AUGACAUUGUUUCCUCCCAGACACAUGAACAUCUCCAACACCCCCAGCAACUCCAGCACCAUCACCGGCUUCAUCCUCCUGGGCUUCCCUUGCUCCAGGCACGGACAGAUCCUCCUCUUUCUGCUCUUCGCUGGGGUCUACCUCCUGACCCUCAUGGGCAAUGGUUCUAUCAUCUGUGCUGUGUGCCAGGAUCAGAGACUCCACACCCCCAUGUACAUCCUGCUCGCCAACUUCUCCUUCCUCGAGAUCUCCUAUGUCACCUCCACUGUCCCUAACAUGCUGGCCAACCUCCUCUCUGACAACAAGGUCAUCUCCUUCUCUGGAUGCUUUCUCCAGUUCUACUUUUUCUUCUCCUUGGGUUCUACAGAAUGCUUUUUCUUGGCGAUUAUGGCAUUUGAUCGAUACCUUGCCAUCUGCCGGCCUCUACGUUACCCCACUCUCAUGACUGCACGUCUCUGCACCAAUCUUGUGGUCAGCUGCUGGGUACUUGGUUUUCUCUGGUUCCUAGUCCCUAUCAUCAUCAUUUCCCAAAUGUCCUUCUGUGGAUCCAGGAUCAUUGAUCACUUCCUAUGUGAUCCAGGUCCUCUGUUGGCCCUCACCUGCACGAGAGUACCUGUAAUAGAGUUAACGAGCUCUACUUUAAGUUCACUGGUCUUAUUUAUUCCCUUUUUCUUCAUCAUGGGGUCCUAUGCUCUGGUCCUGCGAGCUGUGUUGAAAGUCCCUUCAGCAGCUGGACGAAGAAAGGCUUUCUCCACCUGUGGGUCCCAUCUGGCUGUGGUUUCUCUUUUCUAUGGCUCAGUGAUGGUCAUGUAUGUGAGCCCCACAUCUGAGCAUGAAGCUGGAAUGCAGAAAAUAGUGACUUUGUUUUAUUCUGCAGUUACUCCACUCAUUAAUCCUGUAAUAUACAGUCUAAGAAACAAAGACAUGAAACAUGCUAUGAAGAAAUUAUUAGGAACAUAA